GGUCGGCCACGGAGUGAGUGCUGCAACUUCUCGGGGGUCUCUGGGGCGCGCGGGGGUUCUGGGCUGGGUUUGCGGACCCUCCUUUUCUUGGCGGGGUUCGGGCGUGCGGUCCCGGUCCCCGUAAUGUACGGAGGCAGAGGGAGAGGGCUCCGGCCCCCUCGGCGUCAUGUCUUCGGUGCCGACGGUUGCCAGUCCGCCGGUUCUAUCCUCAAGCGCCGGGACACGGGUCUCCGAGACGCUGGGCGGAACCGAAGUUCCGCGGGCUCCCCCCCAGGGGUGCUCAUGCCUCCUCCUCUUGUUUCAGGUCUGAAGCCGCCACAGGAUCCGGAGCUGUCGUAUCCCCUCCUUUUCCACUUCCCGUUGCAACCAAUAAAGGCCAAGGCCGUGGUACCGUUUUAGGCUUCUGCGGGGAGUUCGGGCAACAUUGCAGCAUUUCUGGAUGGCGGCGCUGCGACGAGCCCUCCAGGUGGCCAGCCGGGCCGCGGGGACACGCCGCGCCUUGGCGGGUAGGAAAGAUGGGCGGUGGGAGGCUGGGCGGUUUCUUCCUGACCCGGGGUCCAGUCUGGCUGUUGAAGGGUCAGGUCACAUCGCGUCGUUUUGGCGGUGGUUUGACGGUACUCGGGUGACAUGCCUUCCGCUCGUGUCCACAGGCUCCCUGGCUGGUAGCUGCCUGGCGGACCGCUGCCUCUGGGAUAAGCUCCACGCCCAGCCCCGCCCGGGCAGCGUCCCCACCUUCGACUGGUUCUUUGGGUAUGAGGAAGCCCAGGGCCUCCUCCUGCCGCUGCUGCAGGGAGCCCAGGCUGCCCAUCCGCUGCGGGUGCUAGACGUGGGCUGUGGGACCUCCAGCCUGAGUGUAGGCCUCUACGCCAAGUGCCCACACCCAGUGGACGUGCUGGGGGUGGACUUCUCUCCCGUGGCCGUGGCCCACAUGAACAACAUCCUGGAAGGUGGCCAAGGCCAGACACCCCUGUGCCCUGGGCACCCUGCCUCCCGCCUUCGCUUCAUGCAGGCUGAUGCCCAGAACCUGGAGCCAGUGGCUUCCGGCUCCUUCCAGCUAGUGCUGGACAAGGGCACCUGGGAUGCUGUUGCCCGAGGUGGUCUGCCUGGGGCCUACCAGCUGCUGUCCGAAUGCCUGAGGGUCCUCAGCCCCCAGGGGACCCUGAUUCAGUUCUCAGAUGAGGACCCUGAUGUGCGGCUUCCCUGCCUGGAGCAGGGAUCCCCAGGGUGGAGUGUGACUGUGCAGGAGAUGGGCCCUUUCAGGGGCAUCACCUACUUCGCUUACUUGGUCCAAGGCUCUCAAAGACAGCCUUGGGUUUUCGCUGGGUGAGGAGAGAUGGAGAGAACCUUGCCUUUGCAAGACGGCUAGAGAAUGAGGAUUUUAGUCCUGGCUUCCAUGGUUACUGACUAGGUGCACACAGCAUUGACUGCCUGUGUACUCACCAGCAAGGUAGGGAUAAUAACCUGGAUUUAUGGGUAUUGCAUACAUUGAUAGCUGAAACAUUUAGCAGAACCAGGCCCAUAGAGAAGAUCUAAGUGGAUUAUUCCCCUAACUAACAGGAACUUCUAAAAGCAGCAGAUAAGAAUUAUUUUAUAUGUGACCCGGUGGCCUAACGUCGAAGCCGGUGGUCAGCAAGCUUGCGAGCCACAUG